ACACAAAUGUUGACGAGACUAAUGCAAGUCGAAUUUUCGAAAAUCUUGUUUUUAAAUAUCUACAUAGGCACUUUCAUAUUUUUUAUUAUCUUCUUGUUUCUCAUCAUCCAUUGAAGUGAAGAAUAAAGAAAAAAAUCGAAUUUUGAUCAUCAUUCUGAAGUCCACUUUGGAUGUUCAAUAAAAUGCUGUCAAGAAACAUUAACGAUCAUAAUAACGUCAAUGCAAAACGUGUUGCUGAACAAAUGACGAUUCUCCGAGGUGAACGAAUGCUACUGAAAGAUUAUUUGGUUCAAUCACUGCAAGAAAGUGGGUGGGAUGACAAAGUUCGUAUUCUUUGUCGAGAAGAAAUAGCAAAAGCAAAUGGAUUAAUUUCUGUAGAUAGUCUGGUCGAUAGAGUUACACCAAAAGCUAGGAAGGAAAUACCAGACGAACUAAAAGCAGAUAUGAUUCUGAAGAUUAAGAAAGUAUUGCUUCAAGCUAAAGAAGAUUGAUUGUUUUAAGAUAAAAUAUUAAGUUAGACGUAAAAUAAACUCUCCAUUUAUUUAUUUUCAUUUAUAAUUGAAAACCUAAAAUAAAUAAUAAAAUGGGUGACUGACUGUUUAGUUCAUAAAUUUU